CUUGUUACAUCUGAGUUCCUUGCAAACAACACAUAUUUGACAGGGAAGGUGACAGUGAAGGCGCUGCGAUAGUUGGAUGUAAAACAACUCAAGAGCAGUUUCCUACUGUAAAAUCGAGCGGAUAUGGUCUUACGACCAGCUGGAUAAUGUGCUUAAAAUGAUCGGCGACAUUUCUCUAGAGAAGUAUACUGCAAAGUUUCUGCGCGGGCCUGCUGCGUAAUCAUGCGCUAUGUGACGCGUCAAUCACUCUGUCGGCGGCGAAUACUGCUCGGGCUGUUGGCAGUGUGGUUGCGUUGCCUAGGGCGCGCCAGCCCCACUGGCCCUGCUAUCAUACACGCAGGCAACGACGCGGCGGGCUUCGCGGCCGUUCCGCAUACAGUCUUUGCAGAAAGCGCAGAGGAAGCUCUGACGCAGUAUGCUCGAUUGCAAGCAGGAGGCCGCACCCUAACGGCAGGCAGUAGCCGCGCGGAUACGCGCGUCGUAGUGGUGAACGACAUUGCGGGCCACUUCGAGGUCCUGGCGGGCGUGCUCUUCACGCUCUACCGCAUGCGCCGCGGCCAGCAGGCGGCAGCGGCCAGUAGCAUCCGCCUGGCCCGGCCGCGGGUGCUGUUCACGGGGAAUCCGCGCGGCCCUACCCUGAACGGGCUAAUGGACUGGUUGGGCCAGGACGUGGGUAACGACGCAGAAUGGCACGCGCUAGGCAGCGGCCCAGGUGGCGCUGCGGCAGCUGACGCGCCAGGGGAUCGCGGCGCUGGGUCUGCAGCGGGUGUGGACGGGGCCUGGCGGACACCCGCAGAUGUCGUCGUCUGCGUCUCGGCGGAGCUGGCCCCCAAGGUGUGCGCUGCCGCGGUCGCGGGCGUGCAGCCGCAGCUGUUGGUGGUGAUUGUGCACCGGGCGGACACGCACACAAAGAACUCCAAGUUCCUGGCGCUGCACCCGCAAGCCACGCGCAUCAUGGCCCUGGCCCCGCACGUGGCCAACCUCAGCAGCCACAUGCUAAAGCGGCCCGUGGACUGGUCUAUGCCGGUGGCGCCCUUCGUGCCAGCGCAGCCCUGCCUCAGCAAGGACUGCCUGCAGGGCUUCUCCAUACAGGGUGCGUUGAGGCGCUACAAGUCCAAGCACGGCAACGGCUUCACCCGCGACUAUGGGGCUUUGUGGGCGCGUAUGCUGGAGCUGCGUAUGCAAGGCAUGGCUGUGCCGCCCGUGGUGGUGGUGGGCAAGGGCGAGCGGCGGCACCUGAUGCUGCCACGUGAGCUGGAGAGCAGCGUCACCUUCCACCCCUGGCUCAAGUACCAGGACUUCUGGAUGCUCAUCCACCGCUCCUACGCUUUGGUGCCGGCCUUCGGCAUGCCCGUGUACUACGAGAGCCGCAUCUCCUCCACCAUCCUGGCCUCCCUCAUCACCUGCGUGCCCGUCAUCGCCGAGCAGCGCCUGCUGGACACCUACACCUUCCUCAGUGAGGAGCACGUGUUUCUGCGGCAGCCGGAUGAGGAUGAGGCGGCGGCCAUGGCGCGCAUUGCAGCGCUGCCGGAGCAGGCCAUAUUUGCCAAGCGUGAGGCACUGUGCGAGCUACGGGGGCAGAUAGAUGCCCGCGUUGACCGUGUGUUGGGUGGGUAUCUAGCGGAGGCUAGCAAGGCGCGGUGAUGAGCUUAGCUGUAAAGGUGCAGCAACGGCGCACUAGGUCCUUCAGCAGUCUGUGGGUGCGGGCGUGCGCGCACUAUGGAGAAGGAUACCGGUAGCUCGCGUUCGGGCACGUUUGGGCAGAGGAGGCGAAGUACAGCUGGGUGAAGUACGCGUACGACGUGUAUAAGGCUAAAAAUUGUUCAUCGCUCAGUUUAUCAUGAGCCGUCGUCUGGCGUCCGAGUGUAUGCCAGUAUGCUGGGUAGAAGCGCAGGGGUCACGCCUCUCCAGGCGAACGAUGGCGCCGUCUGUUUCUAUGACCCUAGCACACGCGCUGACACGCGAAUGAAACCGCUCUUGUGUUUCGCGCUUUGACUAGUCAACACAACAAAGCGCUUUUGUUCAUAGGAACCGAUGACAAAACUUGACCGGGCACAGUCGCCAUGCGCCUCAACCGAAUCAGAGGGAAUU